UGCGGUGAGCGCCCGGCCAGCAGCGCCCGCCCCGGCCCGCGACCCCGGCCCGCGCCGCCCAGCCCGGGGCAGCCGCCGCUCAAGAUGGCCAGAGGCAGCGCCCUCCUGCUCGCCUCCCUCCUCCUCACCGCCGCCCUGUCCGCCACUCUGGCUCUCGGGUCUCCGGCCAAGGAAAAGAGAGGCUGGACCCUGAACAGCGCCGGCUACCUUCUGGGCCCACAUGCCGUUCACAACCACAGGUCAUUUAAUGACAAGCAUGGCCUCUCUGGCAAGCGGGAACUCCAGCCUGAAGAGGAAGUGCAGCCAGGAAGCUUUGAGAGACCAACGCCUGAGAACAAUAUUGUGCACACGAUAAUUGAAUUUCUGACUUUCUUGCACCUCAAAGAGACUGGGGCCCUGGACAGCCUGCCUGAUCUCCCCUCGCCGGUUUCCCUUUCCUCAGAAGACCUGGGGCAGUCCUAGACGAUGCUGUCCUGCACAUGUGCGUCCGUGCCUUGUGAUUUACAGUCAGGUGUUAAGACGUUGCCUGCCCUAAUGCCAGUUUAUGCAGAGUAAGCCUUCCUGUUCUCUGCCUUGGUGUUGUGUUGUUGUAAUUUAAGAUCCCCUUGUAAUCAGUUUAUUUUGAGUGGCAAAAUAAAAAAU